AACUAGAGUACCUUACAUAACCUGCAUGAGUUCUAACCUGACGUCCAGUGGUCCCUAUCCCGGUCAGGUUGCUCUGUUUCAUGGUGAGUGGUCUUCUGAAGGAUUGCUGCAGGUGUAUCUCAACAAUCGUUGGGGUACUGUCUGUUCUGAGUUCUUCACACUAGCCAAUGGUGACUCCGUCUGUCAGCAGUUGGGUUACACUAAUGCUCUUUAUUACAGCCCUUACUCUCAGUAUAGUAUCAGGUGGAUUUGGUUAAGAGAGCUCAAUGCUACCUGCAACUCCAGCUGCUUUAAAGACUGCUACAUGGCACCAACCAUUAGGAACAUAUACUGCAGUAACCGUGACGAUGUCUACCUUGUAUGCACUUUUGAUACUACAAGAUAUGAUAGUUCACUGCCGUAUGGAAGGAAUUGUUCAUUAGAGUAUGGUACUCUCACUGCUGCCUUCAUUGCAGUACUGAUGAUACUGUUCUGUCUGAUAGUCUCUGUUUAUAUUAUUAUAUUCAUAAUGAGGGUUGUAGUGGCGGCCUAUCAUAAGACAGAGCACUAUAAACUAAAGGACAAGCGCCACAGAAAUAGGAGACAUGAUUUUGAUGAAUAUCGCUCCAGUCUUGAUGAGAAUUCAAUGAUACUCAGUAAUGACUAUACAGUGAAAGACUAAAUGACCUCUCUUUACCUCCAAACACAAUGUCUUUUUAAAACAAAUUUUAUUGAGUGAUAAUAGCUUUCUAAAAAUCCA